AUGAAGAAAUUGACAAUCCGUAAAAAAGCCAGUGAUUCGAAAAAGAAGCAGUCUGAGUUGUCAACUGAGGUGGGUAAUGUGACGGUAGAUGAGGUGUUGAUUGAUAGUUCUGAGUUGGUUUUAGCAAAUGUAGAUGGUAAUGCUGAUGAGGUUGAGGAUAGUAGUGAUGAUGAUUAUACAUAUGAUGAGGAACUUAGGUUGAUAGUAGAUAAGGAGGUUGAUGAACAAAACAGCAGAGACAUAUACUUUAAUGAUGAUGAACCGCAUUAUCCUACAUUCAACCCUGAGGUUGAUUUCAAGGGUAAGAUUAAUUUGUGUUUAGGCCUUAAGUUUCCUUCGACAUAUGUGUUUAGAAAAGCACUAAGAUGCGAUUGCAUGAAAUCGAAAGGUAGAAUUGUGAACUGUGUUUGUGGGAAGGAGAAGAAGUGUUAUUUUAAGGUUCAUGCCAUGAAACUGAAAGACGAGGAGACAAUUCAAAUAAGGAAUGAUUGGAGGGAGAAUCCAACUUGGGAAUUAAAGGCGUUUAAGAAACGGGUUAAUAGAGAGUUAGGUUGUGAAGUGAAUGAAGAGUAUAGCAGGGUGUGGGAUUAUGCGGAAGCUAUAAGGAGGUUCAAUCCAGGAAGCACUGCAAUCGUUAAAUGCAUUGGAAUAGACACACCCCCACCUUUGUUCCAAAGGAUGUAUAUAUGCUUGACAGCGUGUAAGGAGGGGUUUAUUGCUGGCUGUAGGCCUAUUAUAGGUGUUGAUGGGGCACAUCUGAAGGGCAAAUUCCCUGGGGUUUUGUUAACUGCUGUAGGUAAAGAUGGGAACAAUAAUAUCUUUCCCAUUGCAUGGGCUGUGGUUGAAACAGAAAAUGUAGAAACUUGGACUUGGUUUCUAAAUCUUCUGGUAGAGGACCUUAGAUCGGUAACUGCAUCGAGUAGUUGGGUUCAAGCAGAAGUUGAAGCUUUCACCUUCAUGAGCGAUAGGCAAAAGGGUUUGGUUGAAGCUUUGAACUCAGUGGUUCCUGAAUGUGAAAUUAGGUUCUGCUGUAGGCAUAUAUGGGCGAACUUCAAGAUCAAGUUCCCUGGAGAGUUGUUCAAACAACACUUUUGGAGUGCAGCCAGAGCCUACAACAAGAAUCAUUUUGAUAGAGAAAUGAAUGUAAUCAAGAAUAUUUCUGUUGACGCAUAUGAAUAUCUAGCUGCUAUUCCUGCAAAACACUGGUCUAGGCAUGCCUUUUGUAGUAGGAGUAAGUCUGGGAUGUUGUUGAACAAUGUUUGUGAGUCAUUCAACAAUGUAUUAGUAGAAGCAAGGGGGAAGCCUAUAAUAUCUCUAAUGGAGUGGAUUAGGAGAUAUGUAAUGCAACGAAGCGCAGCCAAAAGGGAUGGGCUUAGUAACUUUGACGGUGUGUUGAUGCCAGCUAUCACCAAAAUGAUUGAAAAACAUGCAAAAGAAAUAUACGGUUUAAGGGUAAUCCCAGUGGAUGUUAUUGAGUUUGAGGUGGAUGAUAUUGACGACUCUUACGUUGUAAACUUGGCCAACAAAACUUGCCAUUGUGGAAGUUGGGACCUAAUAGGGAUUCCUUGCAAACAUGUCGUUGCUUGUAUUGUUCUUAGAAAAUUAGAUGCCAACGACUAUGUCCACGAAGCGUAUCUCAUAGACACGUAUCGAAAAACGUAUAGUCCAAAGUUUUAUGGGAUGCCAGGACACAAAAUGUGGCCAACAAGCACUUUAGCCAAACCACUUCCUCCACCAUAUCGAAAGAUGCCUGGAAGGCCUAACAAGAGGAAGAGAAAGAAGGAAGUUGGUGAAGGUAAAGGAGGUAAGAAGGCUGUUAAAGAAUUCAAGCAACGGAGAUGUGGUAAUUGCGGUGACCUAGGUCACUAUAAAAAGGGCUGCAAGAAUCCACCUAAACCACCACCAACAAAGACCCAGUCCAAAGGUGGAAGGCCUAAAAUGGGAUCGUCUUCUACUCAACAAUCUAGCUCCACUGGUCAACAACAAACGCAAAAUGCUGCAUCUACUUCAUGUCUAAUGGAUCAAAAUAGUCAAAUAUAG